CACGUGAACCGGCCUACGAUGGAGGUUCACGAAGUCGACUAGGUAUCCACGAUGGCACAGUCAGCUGCCUAAGGUCCAGUUGGCCAGUCGCAGCCAGCAAGCUUUCUCCACAAGGUAGACGCGUGUAACAACAAGACACCACCAUGGCGGACGACGAGGAAAAGAAGAGGAAACAGGCGGAGACCGAGAGGAAGAGGGCGGAGGUCCGCGCCCGCCUCGAAGAGGCUUCCAAAGCCAAGAAGGCGAAGAAGGGUUUCAUGACCCCCGACAGGAAGAAAAAGCUUAGGUUGCUGUUGCGUAAGAAAGCUGCUGAGGAAUUGAAGAAGGAACAGGAAAGAAAAGCGGCCGAGAGAAGGCGCAUAAUCGAGGAGCGCUGCGGAAAGCCGAAGAUCGUCGACGACGCCAACGAAGUGGAGUUGAAGAAGAUUUGCCAAAUGUAUCACGACCGCGUCUACCUUUGUGAGGGUCAGAAGUGGGAUUUGGAGCGUGAAGUUCGGAAAAGGGACUACGAGAUCGCGGACUUGAACAGCCAGGUCAACGAUCUCCGAGGUAAAUUCAUGAAACCAACCCUGAAGAAAGUGUCUAAAUACGAGAACAAGUUCGCCAAGCUCCAAAAGAAAGCCGCCGAGUUCAAUUUCCGUAAUCAACUGAAACAAGUCAAGAAGAAGGAAUUCACAUUGGAGGAGGAGGACAAGGAGCCCAAGAAGUCCGAGAAGGCAGAAUGGCAGACCAAGAAGUAGAUUUAAUAUGAGAAAGAAAAACAGUUUGAGUGCAAAAUCUCAAUAAAAUACAAACAUUACUACGCAACAAAAUCGAGAACAAACGAAAAACUAAGAAACUUCUUUACACACGCGUUUAUACACAUACACACACAUAAGAAGAAAUAUUGACACGAUCGCGUUUAUACAAUCUGUCACGCGCGCAAAAAUGAGUCAUUAUAAAAUGAAUGGAAAGGAAGAAGAAAAAAGAAACAGAUGCAUAAACGCGUAGAACAUUUUUGAUACCGUUUCAUCGACGUCUCGCGCGUGUUUGCCAGCGCAUUUUUAUCGUUCACAUUCGUUCGAAUUGUUGUCAAACUAGUUCGUUUGCGCUGCAGAACAAAUUAAUGAGUGAGAAUUGAAAAUUGUCCGAACAAUUUUAGGAGUUAGCCGAUAUUUGAUUAUAUCCCUUUUCCGCGUGGAAACUAGACCGGUCAAAACGAGCGACGUAGAAAGAUGCUGACUCUGCAUAAAUAUUCACGUAUAACUGUCAUAUAUAUAUACAUAUAGAAGCGAUAAAAGUUACGGCAAUAAACGAUCGAAGAAAGCGCA